AUGACAGAAAUCGUUAGCGACACAGCUUUCAGACAGUUAUCUCAAAUGCUCUUUGCAAUUAUCUUCUUUCACAGUUCUGAAUUUUUGCUAGCAGUUGUCAUUCAUGGGAAAUCAAAUGUUACGAUAAAGUCUCUUUUGAUUAGCAGACACUAUGUUUUGGCAAUGAUCUUUUCGUUGCUGGAAUACAUAGUUGAGAUUGUUUUAGUGCCUGAGAUAAAGGAAUACUGGGUGAUCAGUGAUUUGGGUCUGGCACUUGUUGUGAUUGGGGAAAUUGUAAGGAAGAUAGGAAUUGUAACGGCAGGGAAAUCCUUUACACAUCUUAUAAAGAUAUACCUCGAGGAUAAUCACAAGCUGAUUACACAUGGUAUAUAUAGAUAUAUUCGUCAUCCGGGGUACUGUGGGUUCCUGGUUUGGUCUGUUGGCACUCAAAUAAUGCUCUGCAAUCCCAUAUCGACUAUUCUAUUUGCAGCUGUUGUCUGGCGUUUUUUUGCUAAGCGAAUACCUUAUGAAGAAUUCUUUUUGAGACAGUUUUUUGGAAGACAAUAUGAGGAAUACGCCCGAGGAGUGGUGUCAGGGGUGCCAUUUGUGAAAUGA